GUCCAAGCCAUGCUAUCAGGGUGAUCGCCUGGGUGUAUGAACUGAUAACUCGGGCUCGCGUGUCUGAUAUGCCCGCCUCAAGAUCCGGAAUCAUCGCAAAGAGAUCUGGAACAUGACGUCCUCCGAACAAUGGGGGAUCUUCCUCCGACGAUGUUUGCUGCAUCGCAUCGAUGCCGCUGAGUUCAAGAGCCUGACGCGGCUCCUAUUGCAACGAUGCCCCAUUGCUGAAGCCCCGCUGCUGGACGUGCUACUGGAGACGCGACUCGCCACCGGCAUCAAAUGGGACCCGCUCCUCCCCCUGUAUAUCGACUGUCUUUGCAAGAUGGGUUUGGUUCAGACCUCCACGGUGCUGAACUGUCUCCUGAAGUACUCGUCCAUUCAUGAUAAACCGCAGCCACCGGGCCAGGAGGCUGUGCAGAUCAAGCAGAGACAAAAGUGCUACACUCUGAUGACCGAUAUCCGAGUCGUCCAGGAUGCCAUGCUUUCCGUCUCCACUGGGACCACACCAAAGACGUUUUCAGAAGCCAUUUGCAUAUUCAAUGCCAUUGUGGAUUGGAUCCAGGCCGUGGUGGCCUGGCACAAUGGUCAUAUGGAUGCAAGCCAUCAGACGGGGGGGUUGAUGGGCUCCCCGGAUGCUGUUUCCUUAUUUGAGUCGUUGGGGAUUUUGCUCGCUGCCCUAUCGGGCACUGGAAAGGGCUUAGAGGUUCUUUCCGCCGUUUCUCAUGAAGCGCUGAAAAUAAAGCUUGGACAGGCUCUUUCGGCUUAUCUUCCCCUCUGCGUGGAAGUGUCGCUGCCGCUCCGCAACCGUUUGGAUAGUCUGCAGAAGGAGUUUGGACUUUUUGGAGAGCCACCGUCCAAGGCAUUGGAUGUUUCGAUGAUGGGGAACGUGAAUGUCAAUGCGCUUCAGUUCGAGGACUCGGUCAUGGAUGGGCCCAUGAUUAACUCGAGAGCUGGUCUCUACGUCUAUAUAAAUGCCAUGCUGGUGGGCCGCCCCUUGGUCGACGACAGCAUGUUGCUUAAUUAUCUUUCUAAUCGAUAUGGGGGACACUAUCAAGCUCUCAUUGAGGAGACCAUCACCGCUACAUUCGAUGUGCUGUCUAAUGCCAGCUAUCGUAACGAAUCCAGCCGAUCAAUGUUCCUAUUCCGUUCAUUUUUGGUAAACAAGCUGCCCUCCUUUAUCGCAGCCAUGCUGGCAGCUUCAAUGGUGUCCUUGCCUAUGGAGCUUUGCAUCAGUCACGCUCUGAGUCGACUGGAUCCAAACACGUUCCCAUCGUUUUCGCAAAUGUUUGCUAUGCAGAGCAACACGGCCCUGUCCGACGUGCGGCAGGAGUUCCUAUUCGCCUGUGCCUUGCAUAAGUUGAUCCCCGAGUCCAGUAUUGAACGACUUUUGGGCGAGAAUCCAAUGCAGACCCUUCCUGUCGGGGGCCCGUACAACAAAGAUGAGCUUGUGUCGCAAAUAAAUGCCAAUCCGGAGCGCGCAGAGCAGCUGAUCAAUGAAAUCGAAUCAAUGGAGGGCAAUGCGGGGGCGAUCGUGGGGGCUAUUACAGAUGUUAUGCAUCACCUCUGCAAUCAGAAGGAAACCAUGACCCUGAAAAACAUCUGCAAUUCGCUCUCCCGUCGGGUCCAGGCCUUAGAUGUCAUCCUGCUUUUCCGCAGUGCGAGACAAGUGCUGCAACCGCUCUGCGCUCUACUGGAUGCAUGGCACUGGGACGAGGAUCAGGGAGAAAGUCAGCCCGUCUACGACGAGUUUGGAAGCAUCCUAUUGCUCGUGUUGACUUUCAAAUACCGAUACGAUUUGCGACCAUGUGACAUCGGAAUUGGAGGCAACCCUUCCUUUGUCCUGCGUCUGCUCGAGGGUGGCUCCGGUAGUGAGAAGCUUGAUGAUCUGAAUGAGAAACAGAACAAAAACCUUGGCGCCUGGAUCAAUGCCUUGUUUAUCGCCGAAGGAAUCAGCGAGGAAACCAUGUCGUCAUGCAGUCCGCAAGAGUUCUACAUUCUGGUGACUACGCUGUUCAGCCAGAGUCUGGGAGCAUGUGAGGCUGGGAAGCUUGAGUUCGACACCCUCAAGGGAGGUUUUGAAUAUCUUCUGGAACCCUUCCUCCUCCCAUCGCUUGUCCUGGCUUUGAAUUGGCUAGGCAACCACAUCUGGGAGACCGAAAAUGACCCGACAAUCUCACUCAAAGCGCUACAGUCCCUGGUAACUCCCAGCUCGAUCUCUGGAGAAGCGAAAGAAAUCCACCGGACGGUACUGAACAUCACCGCCCGCUCUCUGGAGGAACAGCUCAAGGACGUCCGAGCCCGACACCCAUCCCGCACAGACAUCAAACCCAUCAUGGACGCCCUCGAACCGUACCUAUCGUUCCAACGCAGCGGCAGCUGCCAUCGCAGCGAGUUCGAGCCCUGGACCACUCAUUCCCCCGGAGGACUGCUAGGCAGCAUGCGAAACACCUUCCAAUCCCUCGUACUGUGGAGCACAAGCCCAGACAUGAGCAUGGCCCCGCAAUCAUACACGCACCGACAGCUCAUCGCAGGCAUCCGGGUGCAGGGGUCAACGCGCGUCCUCGCCGCCUUGGUCGAGGAACUAAAGCUCCAGACCGAAGCCGGUAACGGCGACCUGGCACUAGACAUCGUGGCAACCCUGAUCUGCGCUCCGCUCGCCGAGUCCUUCGCCGUCGACCAAAACAACUACUCCCAGCACCCCAUCGACCCAACCAAGGAACCCCUCCCUCGCUGCCCGAUCCUCACGCUCCGCGACGCCCUCUUCCUGCUGCACGAGAACGUGCCUAAGAUCUCCGAGAAAGACCCCCUCCGCGCAGAGGUCAUCGUCCGUCUCUACCGCCGCGUCAACGUCCUCAUGACCCCGCCCACCCAGGUCCCUAACCUGGACAUGAACAACAUCAUCCAGAACAUGCAGCUCGGCGUCGGCGGCCCGGGACAAAUGGAUCUCGAUUCCUCCGGUGGCCCUGGCCACGACGAUAACAUUAAUCAGAUCCUGGAUAGCGCCGCCGCCGCUGUUGGAAUGGACGGCGGACAGAGUAUGGGUGGUAUGGGCAAUAUGGGCCUUGAGUCCUCCGGUGGAGGCCUCGACACGAGUAUUGAUGAUGUGUUGAAUGCGGCGGAUAUGGCUGUUGGGAAUCCCGAAUUUUUGGAUUUGGAUAUGGAGGGUUUGUUUUAGGUUAUGUUAUGCUAUGCUAUGCGUCUUCUUAGGUUUUAGGUUUUGGGUUGUUUUGUUGGUUAUAUAUAGCGCAGUUACUAUAUAUCAACCACAUUUCCUUUUUUUUUUUUUCUCUAUUUGUGUGCUUUGGAUAGUAGAUGUUUAUUAACCAAUGUGCAUUAUUGUCAUUG